AUGAUGACCAACUCCCCACACACCACCUACUUCUCUUUCCCUUCCUACGAGAGCCACUUCGUCAACGAGGUAGAAGAGGAACCCACGCCAGUCACGCCAACACUCUCCCAAAAAGCGCUUGAGCCAAUGGUCGACUACACGACUGAAACCUACCCAAUUAUCCAGCGGGAUGGACGCCUCGAGGCUGAAAUCGAGCUCAUACUUUACCUGGCCGGAGCCAGUUCACCCUCUGCCGGGGGGAAAGCCGCCUCGCUAUACUCGCAGUCCUCAUCUUCCAACAGCUCCAUCAUCUCAUCCUCUUCCUCUUUGAUCAAAUCCAUCAAGAGCUGGUGUCGGUUCAGUUAG